GGCAUCGUAGUAACUGGCAGCUAGAAUGAGAGCAUCUUCAGCUCGCUGGAGAGAAAGGGAGGUAGAGAGAGAGAGAGAGAGAGAGAGAGAGAGGGAGAGGGAGCGGAACGGCAGGCUGCCCAUCCUCAUAUUUCCCUCUGCAUCUGUGUGAGGCUGUGUGAGCGGCAGAGAGGGGAGAGCACAUCUGACUCUCGUGGAGGCAGCAGGGACUCAUUCCACUUGGCCGAGAGAUCGAUGCUCUUACGGGGAGCCGCACAGGACACCUGAGCAGCCCCUGCAUAAAGUCUGCGCGGCACCGCCAAGAAAUUAAAGAGCACACGAGGAAAAGACUGAGUCCAUCAUAAAGCUCCGAGCAGGUGAAGGACUGGUCAAGAAAAGUCAAGAUCCUGUAAAAUUGGAUUCAUAAAAAGGAGAAACCCAGGUACCAGCACUUGAAGGAUCAACUUUAGCUUUUACACCCAAGAUUUUAUUGCAGUGUUUAAAGUUGUUCUGACCCUACAACAGAGAGGCGGAAGCAGACAGCGCUGCAAGGUGCAGUCACAGAAGGAGCCUGGUUACAAGAGAACAAAGUUCACAUAGGGAUAAAGGUGUGAGUGAAGAACAGUGGUGAGGUGUGUUUUCAGGAUGCCACAAUCAAAGCAGCUGCAUUGGAGCACAGAGCCCACAACAAUCCUGGCAGUGGCUCUGCUUUUUGCACUACAGGGUGCUUCACAUGCUGCUCCAUCAGGAGACAACAAGCUGGUUCGAACCUCCAGAGUGAGAAGACAGAUCCCAGAUGGGGAUCAGUUCCCUUCUGCUUCCUCAGUCAAUCAGACGUUGCGAGAGCAGCCUCUUGUCUUUAACCAUGUGUAUAACAUUAAUGUGCCCAUGGAGUCUCUGUGCUCAAUCGACCUGGAUGCAUCUGCAGCCCCAGCCACAGAUUCUCAUGCUGAGUUGGGAUCCAGACCCCCAGUCGAGGGUCCAGUGGAGCAUUCUGGGCCAACAGAAUACACCGAGCAGACGCUUGAUGCAGAGAGUCAGGUGACCUUUACUCACCGCAUCAACAUACCAAAAGCAGCAUGCAGUUGUCCAGCAAUGACCACAAUCCAGCAGCUUGCCACCAGAGUGGAGAUGCUGGAGAGAGAGGUGUCCAUGCUCAGAACCCAGUGUGGAUCUGGAUGCUGUGGGGAAGGCUCUGCCAUGGGGCGUUUGGACUUUGUUCCAGGCUGCAAUGGCCAUGGAAGCUUCAGCUUUGAUCUGUGUGGCUGCGUCUGCGAGGAAGGCUGGAGUGGCAAAAACUGCUCCGAGCCUCGCUGCCCAAAUGACUGCUCUGGUCAGGGGGUGUGUAUCGAAGGGGAGUGUGUGUGUGACCGUGACUUUGGAGGCGACAACUGUUCAGAGCCACGGUGCCCUUCAGACUGCUCAGGCAGAGGUCUGUGUAUUGAUGGGGAGUGUGUGUGCGAGGAAACCUUCACGGGCGAAGACUGCAUGGUUGGACGGUGUCUCAAUGACUGCUCAGAUCAGGGGAUGUGUGUCAAUGGGACAUGCCAGUGCCGGCCUGGUUAUGUGGGAGAAGAUUGCUCAUUGGUCUACUGUGCCAACAACUGUAGCAAGAAGGGAGUCUGCAAGGAGGGUUUCUGUGUCUGCCAGGAUGGCUUCGCUGGAGAUGAUUGCAACUCAGUGGCGCCUGCUAUGAAUUUGAAUGCACGAGGCGUUACAGAUCGUACUAUUGAGCUGGAGUGGGAAGGGUCCAUUAUGGUGACAGAUUUCUUAGUGACCUACACACCAAGCAGCCCUGGAGGUGUGCAACUAGAAAUAAGGCUCCCAGGAAACACAACAUCAUGCAUUAUCUCAGGUCUCGAAGCAGGCAUAGAGUACAAUAUCAAUGUGUUUGCUGCCAUCAACAAGUCAAUCAGUGUUCCCUCCAGUAUAACAGUUUGGACGUAUCUUUCCAAUCCAGAUGGAUUAGUCUUCAAAUCCAUUACAGAGACAUCAGUGGAAGUCCAGUGGCAACCGUUUUACUUUUCCUUUGAUGGAUGGGAGAUCAGCUUCAUCCCCAAGGACAAUGAUGGUGGCAUGACAGCCCAGCUGCCCAGUACCAUCACUUCAUUUGUUCAGACUGGUCUGAGGCCCGGGGAGGAGUAUACCGUCAACCUGGUCGCACUCAGAGAGCAGGGUCGAAGCCAGCCAGUCACUGCUACCUUCACAACCUUGAUUGAUGGUCCGACUCAGCUGAUAGUGCGUGAUGUGUCCGACACCGUGGCUUUUGUGGAGUGGACACCACCAAAAGCGAAGAUUGAUCAGAUUGUGUUGCGUUAUGGCCUUGUGGGAGGAGAGGGUCCGCGGACCACCUUUCGGCUCCAGCCCACCCUUACCCAGUACUCAUUACAGGUUCUGCGUCCUGGCUCUCGGUACGAGGUGUCAGUAAGCGGAGUGAGGAAAGGAAAUGAAAGUGGAUCUAUCUCCACUGAAUUUACAACGGCUUUAUCGUUCUUCUCAGAGAUCGAUGCCCCCAAGAACUUGCGGCUCGUGUCCAAGACCUCCACUACCCUCGAGCUUGAAUGGGAUAACAGUGAGGCUGAGGUGGAGAGCUAUCAGGUGGUGUACAGCACUUUAGCUGGAGAUCAGUACGAUAAGGUGAUUGUGCCACGCAAUGAGGGUGCCACCACUAAGACUAAUCUUACAGACCUUCUGCCGGGCACAGAGUACGGCAUUGGCAUCUCUGCCAUGAAGGGUAUCAACCAGAGUACACCAGCAACCAUGAACGCUCGGACAGGUCUGGAUGUACCCUUGGAUUUAACUGUGACAGCUUCUACAGACGACUCCAUCACUCUGGUGUGGGGUGUAGUACAGGGUCCAAUCGACCACUACAGGGUCACCUACACAUCUUCCUCCGGCAUCACAACCGAGCUGACGGUGCCUAAAGACAUAACCACCACGACUCUGACAGACCUUGAGCCUGGAACUGAAUAUACCAUCACAGUAGCUGCUAGAAGAGGGAGGCAGCAGAGCACUGCAGCAACCAUAGAUGCCUUCACAGGGAUCAGGCCUGUAACCCACCUUUACCUGUCAGAGGGGACAUCAGAUUCGGUGUUAGUGGCAUGGAGUGCCCCAGCACCACCCGCCACCCUCUUCAUUCUGAGCUAUAGCUCUGCCGAUGGGACUGACACUUCUAAGGUGACGCUGGAUGGCUCCAAGACGAGGUCACUGGUCCAGGGCCUGCUGCCAUCCACUCACUACACGUUCAGUUUAAUCACAAUACAAGGGGAUGUUACCUCUGAGCCCAUUACAGCAUCGCUCAUGACAGAAAUGGACCCGCCAAAGGAGCUUGCAGUGUCAGAUGUGACAGAGGAUGAAGUGACCGUCUCUUGGAUCAAACCACUGGCUCCUUUUGAAUAUUAUAAGCUCUCCUACCAGUCGGCUAGAGGUCGGGUGGACAGCGAGAUGAUCGACAGCGAUGUGACAAACUACACUCUGUCUAGUCUGUUUCCUGCCACAGAGUACGAGAUCAGCCUCAAUGCUGUCCGAGGGAGUCAGGAGAGCAGACUUGUCAGCAUGUCUGUCUUCACAGCCAUGGACAUGCCUGCAGAGUUGACAGCCCUGAACAUCACUCCACAAGGAGCCCUGCUGAGGUGGAAUCCUCCCCUGUCCAGCGUGGACAACUACGUGCUGACCAUCACACAUAAUCAAUUGACGGCGGAUACCUUCCUGGUUGAAGGAAACAAGCAUGAAAAACAGCUGUCCAACCUCAAGCCAAGCACCACCUACUCUGUGGCCCUGUAUGCCACUAAAGGACCCCUCACAAGUGGCACUGUCAUCACCAACCUUCAAACACCCAUGGAUGCACCUGUGAACCUGACGGCGAGUGAAGUGAACCACCGCGGCGCUCUCAUUUCCUGGCAGCCGCCCAUCGCAGAAAUCGACAACUACAUGCUCACUUACAAGACGCCUGAUGGCAGUCGCAAAGAGCUGAUUCUUGAUGCAGAGGACACAUGGAUUCGACUGGAGGGAUUGGCGGAGAGCAUGGAGUACACAGUUAAGCUCCAGGCUGCCAGGGGCCUUGAUACUAGUGCCGUGGUUUCCACCACCUUCACUACAGGGAGUCGUCUGUUUUCAACACCUCAGAACUGUGCCCAACACUUGCUGAACGGGGAGACUGUGAGUGGCGUCUACACCAUUUACAUCAACAGAGAUCCGAGCCAAGGGGUGCAGGUGUACUGUGACAUGACCACAGACGAGGGAGGCUGGAUUGUUUUCCAACGUCGACAAAAUGGUCUUACUGACUUUUCCAGGAAGUGGAGUGACUAUCGGGUUGGUUUUGGAAACCUUGAGGAUGAAUUUUGGCUUGGGCUUGAUAACAUCCAGAAGAUUGCUUCUCAGGGCCGCUAUGAGCUGAGAAUCGACAUGAAGGACGGACAGGAAUCAGUUUAUGCCAAUUAUGACAAAUUCUCCAUUGGCGAUGCCAGAAACCUCUACAAGCUCAGGAUAGGAGAAUACAAUGGCACUGCAGGUGACUCUCUCAGCUACCACCAGGGCCGGCCAUUCUCAACUAAAGACAGAGACAAUGACAUUGCUGUUACUAACUGUGCAUCGUCCUACAAAGGAGCCUGGUGGUACAAAAACUGCCACCGGGCCAACCUCAAUGGAAAAUACGGCGAGUCCAGACACAGUCAGGGUAUCAACUGGUACCACUGGAAAGGCCAUGAGUUCUCCAUUCCCUUUGUGGAGAUGAAGAUGAGGCCCUUCAACUUCCGUAGCAUCAGCAGUAAGAGGAGACGGUCCGCCCCCGUAUAAGAAAACCCCCACUGCCCUGCCCAGAGUUUGGAUGAUGUUGGGUGAUAAAUCUCUGCUAUCUGUGCACCUCUCUGACUGCAAAGGCAAGCUGGAAUUAAACCAUGCCGAGGCUCGUUAGUGAGGCUGCAGAGACUAAAUGAGUGAGCAAUUAAGCAAAGCUACUAAUAUUUAAUUUAGCAAAUUUGAUUAAUUAAUACUUCACCAACCUGUUAUUUUAACCGGAUGUGGUCAGAAAAUAGCAAAGAGGUUUUGACACCACAUCUGAACUCUGUUGAUCGUUCCGCCUGCCCAGCAUAUGCUGUCUUUUCCUGCUGUACUUCUACCCAGAAGAUAGUGUAUGUAAUUUAUUAAGUAUUCAGAAUGACAAUGGUCUUAACUGCUGUAAAAAGGGAAGGCAAAACAAGAAUGUUUUGGCUUGACUUGAUAUUGGACUUUUUUCCUUCCUUGAGAUGCUGAAAUGUGCACAGAAAUGCCCUUGAACGUAAGAUAUAAUGGGUUUUUUACCCAUUACGAAAUGACACUGAAAACAUUAAUAUAUGCCCUUAAAACUCUUGUCUGUAAUAUAUAUAUAUGAAUAUAUUUUUAUAGUUAAUAUUUUGGCAGAGUCCAUGUAUUUAAUAUGAUUUGAUGCCUUGGUUUUUGAGCCUCUAUUAAGUAAACUAAAAAACGCUGACACUUUCUGGACUAAGUCAGAAUGAAAAUAUUAAACAGCAAAAUCAUCAAGUACAAGUAGUUCACCAGCAACAUCGUCAUUGCCUUGUAAUUUAUUCAUUUAAUGUCUGAUGUUGACUACUUUGGAUGAGUUACAUAAAGCAGAGGAAGAAUAAUCAUCUGUUUUAAACCGUUAUUUGGUAGCACCACUGAGACAGUGUCAGCACUGAGAGUGGAAAUGCAGCCAAGCUAUUCAAUCAAUUAGGUGAACAAAUUUAGUUGUUCAUGGGCAUUUCAUAUUGACUUGAUUUCAUUUUCAAGCAAAUUACAGUCAGUAAAUGUUUAACCUUGUUGCUGACGUCGGGAUUGCUCGCAGAGACGGUACGGAUAGAUGCAACAUUUAACCAAAGACUUGUGUAAUAAAGAUCCCUUGAUUGGAAACAAACCCAGUAAGUUCUGUCACCAAAGUCCGUCUCAAUACGGUUCCACAUUUCAAGCCCUUUUGUAGUCAUUGUGAUUCCCCACAGAAAAAUGAAAUGUGCUAAAUGCAAUUCAGGGCAAAGUCAGUGUGGACAUAGUGCAGAUUUGAGUCUGGCUUCCCUCCCGCCGUUCUCUGAAAUGAACUCAACAAAGAAAGCCGUACAUAAUGUGGAGUGAUGCCAAUUCUUUCUUGUACUCGCUUCAUUGUUUAAGCUGCUUCGCAAAACAAUGAAAUCCACUAAUGCUGCUGGGAAUGUGUUCCUUUUAGUGGGGUUGGCAUAAUCUGCAACUUGCCAACCAGCCAUGUGUUCACGGUGUCACACAAGCCGUUCAGGGCCAGAUAGCCCAUUGCAGUUUCUCUGCCUGAGUUUACGGCAGACAAACCAAACAUGACUGGAGGAUAAAAAAAAAAUAAUUAUGUCACCAGCACUGCAAGUAAGAUUUUGUGUCAUUUAUAAGGUAAUCAAAUACUUUCUUUUCCAUUUAUCAUGUUCUGUGUUUCAUUUACUUUUCUUGUUCAUUCUCUCAUUAAAAUAAGCAAGCUAAUCAGACUGUGUAUAUUAUUUUUUUCUAUAGAUUGAAAAUAAUAGCCCACCCCUCUACUACUACUACUACUACUACUACUACUACUACUAUACUCUUAUAGAUAUGACGUUGAACUGUCUUUUACUUUCACUGCCCCGUUAGAAAUUAAGCCAAUGCAGAAAGCCAACUUGGGAAAUUCUGCUACAAACACUGUAUUUGUAACCAUUGCUAUGCUAAAGGAUUGAUAGAGCCUUCUGCAUGUUGACUGGAACACUAACAGGAGCCUGAGAGUGAACAACAAAUGUCUUUAGAAUGUGUUCAGUUUGACUCGUGCACAUAUUUAUUUGUUGUUCUAGCUGAAAGCUGCCCCUGAAAAAGGUAUUUUUCCCUCACUUUAAGCCUUUAAAUCAACAUGAAACCUUUCCCAGGUCGAUGAUUGAUGUUUUAUUGUCAAAGGAUUUCAGACUCUCUCAUGCAAUAAACUUCCCAUAGUUAUUUAUAGUGGAGUAGAUUAAUAUGUGUGUCCUUAUUUUAUUACCUGCACUGGUAAUUUUCCCUUAUUUGGGUUUUGUACAAAUGAAUAAUUGUCUGGAGGCUCUUCUGAAAGGAAAAAAGAUUGUCUUUUGUGUUCUGGCAAUAUCUGUCAUUGCAAACAAGGUGCUUGUAAAUCAUUAAAAAACAGAAUUCUCUUUGUUAUUUACGCCCACACAACAGGGAGAAUAAAUACUGAACACCUCUUUUUUCUCAUAAGUGUAUUUGUAUUUAGACUGUUAACAUGAAAUUCACACCGCAUUCUUGUAACAACCCAAGCAAUCCAAACAUGCAAAAAAAAUUUAUAAUAUUAAGAUAUGUAUGAUAAAACUGAGCAGCACUGGGAAUACGUAAUGAGCAAGCUUAGUGAAAUUAAUUCAGUACUUAGGAGAAAAGCAUUAUUUAGUAAUAACUUCAAUAUAUCUCAUUUACAGAAAAAUGUCACAUGUACUGUUCAGGUUUGAUUUUGACCUUUUUCUCCAACCAUAAUGUUUUAAACUGUCGACAGUUCUGCUUUGCUCUUAUGUUCUGAUCUUCAGUAUUUCCCUAGAUUUUCAAUUGGAUUAAAGUCAAUUCAUUGAUUAGUCUUUCUACCAGCUUUGUUUUCUGUUGCUUAAAUCAAUUAAAAUUUUGCUGAGUAUCUGGUGUGUUUUCCGUCUCCAGAUUAUUCAUCAACAUUAUCUGGGUACAGUCCUCCAUCCUUCCUUCAGUUAGAUGUUUUCUGUCAGUACUAUGUGCUGAAUGACACCCUGAUGGUCUCCCCUUUCAAACUUCACUGUCGGUGUGGUGUUUUUUUUUUUUUUUUUUAUAGUGAUGUGCAAUGGCUCUUUGUUUUUAGUGUUCUGUCAAAAACCUAGUGAUGAACAUUUAGUUACGGCUGGUUUAUGGUCACAUAAUGUCCUUUCCACUUCUGUAUGAUGGCCCCAACAGUGCUCACUGGAACAUAAAACAUUUUUAGGAACACAUCUGUGACCAAUGCCAUCACUAUGUUUUGCAACGUUAAGGUUGCACAGGUCUUGAGAGAGCUCGCUGCUUUUCCUCAUCAUGAGAUGCAUCUUGUGCAAUACUUUGGUAAUGAGAAAUCUUUUUGCAGGGUGUUUAUAAUUAUAACUAAACCAGCUGAUUUUAUUUGGCAUUGACGGGGAGCAGGAUUUUUGCGUAAAUACUGACCAACGAACCCCAAGACAUACUGUUUAUAUAUUCAUACCUAAUGUCUAUAUGAUGUGAGCGCUUGUAUCCGAAGUCAAAUUGCAUGAUUGUGUACACAAUCAUGGCCAAAUGAAGCUGAUUCUGAUACUUCAAUUUCUUCACGUGUUUUAUAACUUUCCGUUAUAUCAUUCAACUUUUUUUACUCAUAACUUCAUUUAGACCUUGUUUGGAAUGUUUUGCAUGCACGACUUACUUGGGUUGUUACCAAUCGUGUGAAUUUUGUUUUAGUUGCCUAAAUAGAAAUAUAUUUAAUGAGGAAAACCAAUGACAUGCUACAUACUUAGUUUAUUCCCUGUAUAUAUAAAAGAGUCAAACCACCAUUAAAUUGUUUUUAUUCGAGUUAAAUGCCAUUUUGCAUGGCACUAAGUUAUUUUGAAGGACUAUGGUAAUAUUUGUUCUCAACACAGUUUAAAUAAAUACGAUUCUUCAAAUAUGUUUACUCUUUAAAGUAUGCCUCAAAUUCCAAUUAAAAGGAGCCUCAACUAUUGCCUUGAUUUCAAAUAUGAAUUAAUAAUGCUCUUUUUUGCAACAUGUAAAGUUUCAUCUGUUUAAUAAUUGUUAAAAAAAAAACAUUUUAGGUCUAGGAGACCUAAAGAAAUUCAUUGUUUAGCCAUUUGUACAGAAAACUUGUUUACUCAAUUGUUCUUAAUUCUCCACUUUCUGUGACACCAGUCACACUUGGCCCUGUAUAUUAAAAAGAAAAGAAAUCCACAGGUUUACCAACUUGGUUUGCUUAACUGAGAACUUGUAACUCGCAGUGAUCUGAAACCUUGCCGGCAUGGACAUGUAAAUGUUGAAAAAAAAAAAAAAAAUGUGAUUUUGACUGUUUGAACUGAAUGAUUUAUUGUUGGAUAACCUUGAAUAUUACUGUCAAAUUUAGCUCUAGUUUGACUUAAACAUGUACUAUAAAGUUCCUUUUUUAAAACAUUUUCUACAUAUUAAUAAAAUAUUCAAAUACUCUCA